ACCGUCCUGCCAAAACACAAAUGCACAGUAUUCGAACUUUCUCAGCCCUAAAAAGUCUGCAACUCUUGUUUCAUUGCGUUUGGGUAAAAUGGGAAAGUGAUGAGACGUCGGAAUAUUAAAAUCAAAAGGCUAAAAAGCCUCCUGCCGAAAGGCAUAGCUUUCGACCCAUGGACUGUGCUUUACUGUCAGGAGAAAUGGGGGGAGGGGAGGAGAAGGGAAAGGGGAAGGAGUUAGUAAACAGGGCCAAUUCUCUCUCUCUCUCUCUCAAGUCUCAACUGAUUCUGCUGGCCGAUUCGACUCAGCCAAGCGACCAUGUUCUUCCUCCGAGUCCAAGUGGACAGCAAGCACCCUCUGGCAUUGGAAAUCACCAAGUUCAGGUCGACCACUAGUCCAUCAAACCCUAACCCUGGCUCAAAAUUCAGCCAACGCAGAGGCGUAGCGCACCUCUUCCGAAGUGCGUCUCUCUCGUCACUUCCAAACCCUAGCUCCCGAUCCACGGUCCUCUUCGUCGUUUCCGUACCAAACUACCUCUCAUUCGAUGGUUUCAUCCGCUUCUGCGGCGCCUGGAUCGACACCGUCUCCGAGCUCCUUUUCAUCAGGAGCGAUGGGAUGGAGAAUCGGUACAGUGUCUUGAUAAGGCUUGCCAACCAGUUAACAGCUGAUGGAUUUUAUUGCAAUUUUAAUGGAAAGAAGUUCUCACCAGGCGAGGCUGAGGUAUGCCAUAUUAUGUUUAUGAUGUCUGUGGAGUACACGGAAUCAGUGGAGAUAGCCAGGACACCUCCCGCAGGGUGUACGGAGUUACCUACUUGCCCAGUGUGUCUUGAGAGAUUGGACCCAGACACUAGUGGAAUACUGAGUACAAUUUGUGACCAUUCGUUUCAGUGUCCCUGCAUUUCAAAAAGGACUAAUUUGUCUUGCCAGGUCUGCCGAUUCUGUCAGCAGCAAGAUGAGAAACCAACUUGCUCUGUCUGUGGAACAUUGGAGAACCUUUGGGUGUGCAUGAUAUGUGGUUUUGUGGGAUGUGGAAGAUAUACGGAAGGCCAUGCCAUGAGGCAUUGGAUGGAUACGCAGCAUUGCUACACUCUUGAUAUGCAAACACAAAAAAUUUGGGAUUAUGUUGGUAGUGUUUAUGUUCACCGACUGAGUCAUUCCAAAGUUGAUGGCGAGUUGGCAGAGACGAACUCUCAUUGUAUGUCAUUUGAAGGCGAUUGUGGUACUAGUGGAUGUAGCGAGGAUUCUGGAAUAAGUGGGACCCUCUUUAGUAGCAAAGUUGAUGCUAUUGUGGAUGAGUACAACGGUCUUCUUGCAACUCAACUGGAUAAUCAAAGACAAUAUUAUGAAUCUCUACUUGUGGAGACCAAAAGUAAAGUGGGAAGCUAUAUUUCAGAAGCAGUGGAGAAGGCUGUGACUUCCAAGAUGCAUGACAUCCAAAAUAAAUUGGAAAAGUGUAUCGAAGAAAAAAAUGCUGUGGGAAAUGUAAGUUUGAAGCUUAAUACUAAUCAAGUUUGGAUAUUAAAGAAAAUGCUGUUGCAUUUUGGUUAUUUCUUCUCCGAUUUUUGUGCUUAUCCCUUGAUUUUCUUGCUCAUCUCUGCAUCCCAAAUCAAGGAUAUGUCUAACACUCACAAGAGGUCUAAGGUGGAUGCAGUCGCAACCAUCAAUUCCAGGACUAUAGUAAUUGAGCAUGGGGUCUUGAAGCCUGACAUUCGAGUUGCUCCUUUUGAUUUCAUCUACCGGAUUUUUAAUGAGAAUGGAUGGCUAAGCAUCUUUGAUGCAGUGAACAUUUAUCCAAGGCUCGUGUAUGAGUUCUACAAGAACUUGGAAGUUGUGAGCAUAGACAAGCAGACUCCUUGCUUUGAGACAAAAGUGUGCGGCACUACACUAACCAUUGAUGUCGAUGUCAUCAGUGAAGUCACCGACAUCCCACUCUCUUAUGCCAUCAGCACUCCUUUUCCUGACUCAGUGACUCAGCCUUCAAGGGAGGAGCUUAUGGGCUGUUUUGAUCCUAGAGGAACAAAUGUUUGGGAAGAAAGCAAGAAUAGUAUUCCCAUCGACUUUCUACAGUCUCCUCAGCAUCUGUUGGCUAGAAUAGUCAUGCAGAAUAUCUGGCCUAUUUCUCGCAACAGUGACGUUCCACUUAACAGGGCUCGUAUGAUCUUCGCCAUCAUCAACCAGAUUCCAUUUUGCAUGUGCAAGCACAUGAUAAUGAUGAUGAUAGAGAUGCAGGAGGAUAAUCAGAUUGCACUGCCUUUUGGAGGACUCAUCACGAAAAUCCUCAAGAAAAAGCUAGCAAACAUCCCUGCCAAUGAGCCAAUGGAUAUGCCUGAGGGAAAUUUUGGGAAGCUAACCGUAAUGAAGUCAAAUGCUCAGGUUCAUCGGUUCCAAGAACAAGAUGAUCCAGUUCCUUCCGCUCCUUCAGUUUCCUCUUCUUCUACUGAGCCACCAAAUGCUGCUGUUUUGAGUAUUUUAACUCAAAUAACUGAUCGGCUGCAAUCUAUGAAUACCCGGGUGACUGACCAAUUUCAAUCCAUGGAUAAUCGCCUUCUUUCCUUAGAUGAUCGAUUCUUGACCAUGGAUCAAUGCAUUCAGACCAUGGAAGCAGAUGUGACCCAGAUCAAGAUCAAUGUACGGAACACUCUUCGUCAUCUCGUUCCAGAAGAACAGAGGGAUCAAGUGCCGUGACACUUUUUUUUCUUUUUUUUCUCUCCUUUUUUUUUUUUUUCUUUCUUUCUGUAGUAGUUUAAAAAAAUAAAAAUAAAUUAGUUUUUCUAGACUGCAUUAUUUUUUGGAUAUUCGUUGUUUUUUUUGGAUGAUAAUUGUGACUUAUAUUUCUUUAGUUUAAA